AUGGCGCCCACAGAGUCGCAGCCGCUGCUGCAGCACAUGUCACAACACCACCAUGCAUCCCCCACUAGUCGCCAUCUCAGUGCAUCGCCGGCCUCGACAAACACCAGCCGGGCCAGCAGGGCCAGCAGAACGAGUACCACCAGCACCACCACGGCCCGGGCCGCCGGCGUCGCCCGCAUGGACGCCGUCACGGCCCAGCUUACCUCGAUCCAGCGCUUCUGGCUCUUCUUUGGCAUAUUCCUCGUCGGCUACGCCUACGGCCUCGAGAGCCAGGUCCGUCUGGCCUACACGCCAAACGCCACCGCGUCUUUCAACCUGCACUCAUACCUCGCCACCAUCAACGUCCUCCGCAGCGUCGUCGCAGUCGCCGCCCAGCCCGCCGCCGCCAAGAUUGCCGACGUCUUUGGCCGAUUCGAGGUCGUUGUCGCCUCCACCCUCUUCUACGUCCUCGGCAUGGCCAUAGAGUCCACGGCCACCUCGGUCUACGUCUUUUGCGCCGGCGGCCUCAUCUACCAGGUCGGCUUCACCUGCAUUGUCCUCCUGCUCGAGGUCCUCGUUGCCGACUUUUCCUCUAUGCGCGCCCGCGUCUUCUUCAGCUACGUCCCCGCCCUGCCCUUUGUCAUCAACACCUGGCUUAGUGGCACCAUCACCUCGGCCGUCCUGCGUCUCGCCACCUGGCGCUGGGGCAUCGGCAUGUGGUGCAUCAUAUACCCCAUCGCCUCGCUGCCGCUGCUCGUCACGUUAUACGUGGUGGAUCGCAGUGUCGCAGAGCCCAAACACAUUCUCGAGUCUCCCAAAGGCAUUUCCUCCAGCAAGCUGCAAGACGCCAGGCGUUGGCUCCGCCAUGUCUCAACGCAGCUCGACGUCUUUGGGCUUGUCUUGCUGGUCGCCGCCUUCAGUCUGGUGCUGGCACCGAUGACUGUGGCCGGAGGUACAGCGUCUCACUGGCAAAAUCCGCGCAUCGUUGCACCCCUCCUUGUCGGCUGCAUAUGCGUGCCUGCAUUUAUCUACUGGGAAAAGUACCACGCAAAAACGCCCAUGAUGCCCUUCCACCUGCUCACCGACCGUGGUGUCUGGGCCGCGCUGGCAGUCCGCAGUCUCCUCAACUUUGCAUAUUACGUCCAGGCCAACUACUUGUAUACCGUGCUCAUCGUCGCCUUUGACUUUUCCAUCGAAACCACCACCCGCAUCAUUUCCUUCUUUUCGUUUUUCGGCGUGGUCAGCGGUGUCCUCAUUGGCCUCGUCGUUUACAGGCUGCGACGUUUGAAGCACAUCAUCGUCGGAGGAACUCUGGUCUUCAUGAUGGCCUUUGUUCUGCUCAUCAGCCAGCCUGGAGGCGCAUCUAGCCGCUCCAGAACCGGUAUAAUCGGUGCCCAGAUACUGCUCGGCCUUGCUGGAGGCCUGUUCGCUUACCCUACACAAGCCUCCAUCCAGGCGUCCGCCAGCCGCGACCACGUAGCUAUUCUCACGGGGCUCUACCUAUCCUUUUACAAUGUCGGAAGUGCUCUGGGAACCUGUCUCUCCGGCGCAAUCUGGACGCAGACCUUAUACCCGGCACUCGAGUCCAACUUGGCUUUUCAGCCGAACCGAACACUCGCUCAGGCCAUGUACGACAACCCAUUUGAGGUUGUCGCUGACUACCCGGUUGGGACUGAGAUUAGAAGCGCAAUAAUCAGCAGCUACAGCUACGUGCAGGGAAUUCUCUGCGUCGCUGGCCUAUGUGUCUGCGUGCCCAUGAUUGGUUUUGCCCUGGCGCUUCGUAACCCACGCCUGUCGGACAAGCAAGUCCAGGAAGAGGCGGAAAGAGACCCGUACGAGGCCUAG